AUGUCUAGUUUGAACAAAGACUAUCCUGGCUUUCCUCGAUUUUCUCCCGAAGAAAUUGAGUCAAAAUUGGUGCCAGAAGUUAGCCAAUGGGGCCUUACAAAUGGAUUAACGAUGUAUCCACCAAACUUCAACAUUUCUCAGAGUCUUUUGGCACCAACCACUUUGUAUCCAACCCCCUUUCUACGCCAAAGCUUUGAGCAAGCGAUCUCGGUUCAAACCCUUUACAACGAGCUGUAUGCCAAGAUUUCUCAGGACAGAAAUGGCUGGCUUAGUGAGCGGAUUGACGAGCUGGCUAAAUUCGAUCCUGAAUUCACGGGAAAGCUGUGGAAUCUUCAUCUGGAGGCUAAAAAAAGAGGCAUCACUCAAAAACUAGCAUUGGGGCUGUUCAGAUCGGACUAUCUGCUGGACGCAGAAACACAUCUCGCCAAACAAGUCGAGUUCAACACAGUGUCGGUGUCAUUUGGUGGGCUUUCAACGAAAGUGGGGCAGCUUCACAGGUUUUUGAACGAAACGGGUAAAUACUCCAAAGACACAGCAGCGCCGUUUUAUCAGCAGGAAAUCCCGGUGUCAGAUUCCACAGCUUUAUUGUCAAAGGGCAUGGCAGAUGCCGUUAAAAGGUUUGAAACUACCGAAACACAUACACUUGUUGCCUUUAUAGUGCAAAGGGGAGAAAGAAAUGUUUUUGAUCAACGGGUGUUGGAAUAUGAACUUUUCCAAAAACAUGGAAUCAAGUCAGUUCGUUUAACUAUUCAUGAGAUUGACACUAAGACCAGGAUCGAUGCUACAACGAAAAGACUGUAUUUCAAGGCUACGGGGGAGGAAAUCUCCCUUGUGUAUUUUAGAGCUGGAUACUCUCCACAGGACUUUACAUGCGCCCAGGAUUGGGAAAACAGAUUGGCGUUAGAAACAAGCUACGCAAUUAAAGCACCAAACCUACUCACACAGCUAGCAGGAGUCAAAAAGAUUCAGCAAAUUUUGACGGAAGACUCAACUUUGAAGCUUUUUAUUUCGAACGAAAAUGAUCGCAAGAAACUAGCCACCUCGUUCGUGAAAUUGUACCCAUUGGACGACUCAGAAUUAGGAAAAGAAGCGAAGAAGAUGGCGUUCGAAUCGCCAGAACGGUUCGUUUUGAAGCCUCAAAGAGAAGGUGGUGGGAACAAUAUCUAUAAAGCUGAGAUUCCGGUAUUUUUGAAAAGCAUCCAUGAACGUGAGUGGAGCGGUUACAUCUUGAUGGAAUUGAUCAAACCAGAACCCACAACUCAAAAUAUUGUAAUCAGAGGCAGUGAAACUCUGCGGGAACCCAUUUUGAGCGAACUUGGAAUAUUUGGUUGUGUCCUUUUCGAUGACAGUCAGCUGUACUCAAAUGAAUAUGCAGGAUGGCUAUUGAGAUCAAAAUCAAGCUCUUCUGAUGAAGGUGGUGUAGCUGCAGGAUUUGGCUGCGUGGAUAGUGUUGUUCUCUAUUGA